AGCACCGAAGUCCUCGCGGUGUUCGCGGGGUAUAUGUGGAGAGAAAUCGUGUUGGGGUGAUGCAGCGGGGUGUUAGUGGCUUGGGGCAUCAUCGUCGCCCCCCGCACUACUACCCGAUAUCGCGCGGGUAGGUCAGCCGAAAGGGCAACAGUGCCCGUGCUGGGAAAACACACAUGACUCAAGGUGGGUUACACGAGGCUCAGUGGAAACGAGCGUGCCUAUAACAUCGUAUAAGGGCGCAGCUCCAACGCCCAUUGCUUCAAUUUGUUCUCCAGACCACGCAACCCAACCAUCCUCUGCAAGCAAAGACCGUAAAUUCACCUGCUCAGAAGUCCGGGCACGUCGCCAACCAUGGGUGCUCACGAUGGGAACGGUCCGUCAGCCCAGCGCGUCGAGCCGGGCUCCGUCAAUGUCCCAUUGGGCUCCUACCCCGCAACGUCAACAAGUUCGAACGUCGAUGCAGCAAAGGUGGCACACGAGAUCAUCUCAAGUCUAGGGCAUGCCGUUUCCAGCAAGGACUCUGCUGCAAUUGCGAAGCUAUUCCUGGACGACAAGAGCUAUUGGAGGGACCACCUAGCUCUCACGUGGGAGCUCAGGACCUUAAAAGGAAGCGACAAGAUCGCUAAGUUUGUGGCGUCGAGCAGCACACCACUCACAAAGAUCAACGUUGACACUAGCGAACCUCACAGGCAGCCCAAGUUUGGACCGAUAGACGGGGUCGGCGAAGUAAACGGUAUUGCGACAUACUUCAGCUUCGAGACGCAAAUCGGACGCGGUCGGGGUGUCUUGAACUUGGCUGAAGAAGACGGAACAUGGAAGAUCUUCACCAUCUGCACAGUUCUGGCGGAGCUCAAGGGCUAUGAGGAGCCUACGGGGAAGAGGAGGACCAAAGGCGUUCAACAUGGAGGUGAUCCUAACCGUAAGAACUGGCGUGAGAGGCGUGAGGCUGAGAGCAAUUUGGAAGGCAUCGAUCCCAAGGUUCUGAUCAUUGGUGCUGGUCAGGGAGGACUCGCCGCCUCAGCCAGACUGAAGAUGCUUAAUAUCCCUUCCUUGAUGGUGGACAUGAAUGAACGGGUGGGGGACAAUUGGCGCAAGCGGUAUCACCAGCUCGUACUUCACGAUCCCGUCUGGUACGACCACUUGCCCUACAUCCCGUUUCCACCUCAUUGGCCGGUCUUUACUCCCAAAGAUAAACUCGCUGAUUGGUUCGAGUCAUAUGUGAAGCACCUAGAGCUCAACGUAUGGACAUCCACUAAGCUUACAUCAUCUUCUUGGGAUGAGGGUAAAAAGCAGUGGACAGUCACAAUUGAGCGCAAGCUACCCAAUGGCUCGACGGAAACGCGUACCUUCUAUCCCAAUCACAUCAUCCAAGCGACAGGACACUCGGGAAAGAAGAACUUCCCCAAGUUGCCGGGCAUGGAGACCUUCAAGGGUUCGCGUCUAUGCCACUCUUCCGAAUUCUCCGGUGCCCGCCCCAACUCGAAGGGUACAAAGGCUGUGGUCGUCGGCUGCUGUAACUCCGGUCAUGACAUUGCGCAGGAUUUUUACGAGAAAGGCUACGAUGUCACAAUUGUCCAGCGCAGCACUACUUGCGUAAUAUCGUCCGAAUCUAUCACUGACAUCGGUCUGAAGGGGCUUUACGACGAAGACGGCCCACCAACAGAAGAUGCAGAUCUCGCUUUGUGGUCGAUGCCGAGCGAAAUUAUGAAGACUCUACAGGUCAAGGUCACGAAAUUGCAGAACGAGAAUGACAGGGAGCUUCUCGAUGGACUGCGUGCCGCAGGCUUCGGCAUUGACAUGGGAGACAUGGACUCCGGGCUCCUCAUCAAAUACUACCAGCGUGGAGGUGGUUAUUACAUCGAUGUAGGAGCGUCACAACUCAUCAUUGACGGCAAGAUCAAAGUCAAACAGGGUCAAGAACUUGCAAAAAUCCUGCCGGACGGCAUCGAAUUCGCAGACGGCUCAAAGUUGGAGGCUGAUGAGAUUGUAUUCGCGACUGGCUAUCAGAACAUGCGAACCGAAGCGAGAAGUAUCUUUGGCGAAGCAGUGGCUGAUCGUGUCGGCGAUGUUUGGGGCUUGAACGCCGAAGGCGAGUUCAGAACCAUGUGGCAGCGGUCGGGACAUCCUGGUUUUUGGUUCAUGGGAGGAAAUCUGGCGAUCACGAGAUACUAUUCCAGAUUGCUUGCGCUGCAGAUCAAGGCCAUCGAGGAAGGGAUACUAGAAAAUGAGGGUCAGAGCGAGCGUGCCCGGCUAUAGUGAGCCAAACCUGAUGAAUAUGUAACAAAUCGAGUACAUUAGCGGAAUCAAUGAC